CUGGGCCUUGCGGGGAAAGGAAGGCAAGGGAAGCGGGGAGGGAAGCGGCGCGGGCCGGGAAGAGUAGGCCUGCUACUCGAGUCCAGGCCCGGUUGCGGCCUAGUCGCGGCCUAGUCGCUUGCGUGAGGCCUGAGGCCCGGAGCGGCCGCCACGAUGAGCGGGGGCACGCCGUACAUCGGGAGCAAGAUCAGCCUCAUCUCCAAGGCCGAGAUCCGCUACGAGGGCAUCCUCUACACCAUCGACACCGAGAACUCCACCGUGGCCCUCGCCAAAGUUCGUUCCUUCGGUACAGAAGACAGACCAACGGAUCGGCCCAUACCACCUCGCGAUGAAGUAUUUGAGUACAUUAUAUUCCGUGGCAGCGAUAUUAAGGAUUUGACUGUUUGUGAACCACCCAAACCACAAUGCUCUCUGCCUCAGGACCCGGCUAUUGUUCAGUCCUCUCUAGGGUCGUCUUCUACUUCUUCAUUCCAGUCUGUGGGAUCCUAUGGUCCUUUCGGCAGGAUGCCAGCCUACAGCCAGUUUAGUCCAAGUCCGUUAGUGGGCCAGCAGUUUGGAGCUGUUGGUGUUGGAAGUUCGCUGACAUCGUUUGGAACGGAAACGUCAUCUGGUGCUAAUUUGUCCCAGAGCAACGCAGUGGGUUCGACUUUUACAACGGAUGCAAGAUCUUUAAAAACCCAACUCUCACAAGGGCGUUCAAGUCCCCCGUUGGACCAUUUGAGAAAGAGCCCGACCUUGGAGCAAGCGGUGCAGACGGCCCCGAGCCACUUAGCUGCUUCGGCGCCCAUUGGGAGGAGGAGUCCUCUCUCGGCCAGACCCCUGGGGGGAGGAGCCAACCAAAAAACGUUAGAACAUCAUGAGCACAGAAGAGUUGAAAUGCAUAAGGUCUCAAGGAAUGAAGCGGAGCAUCUCAGAAACGAGAACAAACGUCAAAUGGUUCCAGGUGUCCCGACAGCGCGAAGGGGUCGCGGGGGCCACCGGGGCGGCAGGGGACGGUUCGGGAUCAGGCGGGACGUCCCCAUGAAGUUUGAGAAGGACUUUGACUUUGAAAGCGCAAAUGCCCAGUUCAAUAAGGAGGAGAUCGACCGUGAAUUUCACAACAAGCUAAAACUGAAAGAAGACAAGCCAGAGAAACCUAUAAACGGCGAAGACAAAGGGGAUUCGGGUGUCGACACCCAGAACAGCGAGGGCAACGCUGACGAGGAGGAGUCUCUUGCGGCCAACUGCUACUACGACAAAACCAAGUCCUUCUUUGACAACAUUUCCUGUGAUGACAAUAGAGACCGGAGACCAACCUGGGCAGAGGAGCGGAGGCUAAACGCAGAGACCUUUGGGCUCCCCUUGCGCUCGAACCGCGGCCGAGGAGGGGGCUACCGAGGCCGAGGGGGAGGCGGCGGAGGAGGUGGCGGCUUCCGGGGCGGAAGAGGACGUGGAGGAGGCGGUGGUGGAGGCGGCAUGAGGGGGAAUUACGGUGGCGCCCCCCGAGGCUUCCGGGGCGGAUACCGGGGCAGCCGCGGCGGACGGGAGUUUGCUGACUUCGAAUACAGGAAAGACAACAAAGUGGCCGCGUAGUCUGCAAAAAAGAGAUCUUGCGGAGAUCUUCACGGAGAAUGUGUCGGCCUUUUUUUUGCGAAAGAGUUGAAAUAAUUUUUUUCCUGUCCAACCUGUCACCAGCACUGGGGUCUGUUUGUUGUUUUUUUAUUAUUAAAAAAAAUAUUUCACAGAGCAGGAGCCUUUUGGGAAGAAGAAUUAUUAUUAUUAUAUAUACAAAAAAAAACAACCAAUGGCCAUUUGUCCGAAAAAGCAACAAGCAUUAAAUAUAUUUGAGAUAGAAGACUGAAGUAGUUUCUUACCUAUAGUUACACAAAUCUAAAGCCGUACUUCAGUAUUUUUUUUUCUGUCGCCGAGGGUUUGUUUUUUUUUCUGAACCAAAACCGUAUUUGAUAAUUGCUGCAAAGACAAUUAAUCGUAUGCAGAAAAAAGGCCGUCAGUACUGUGAGUGUGUUGUUUUGUUUUUGGAAACCCCGUCAUCUCCUUUUUGAGAUAGCUGUACCUUUUUUGUCAUAAUAGGACGGUAGAAAACACACAAAAAAAAUUGAAAUAUAAACACGGUGGGGGAAAAAAUGCUGUUUCUUAGGCAAAGGAAGGAAAACAAAACCCCUUUUUUAUAGUUGUACAAUUCUGUGAUUUUACCCCAUUGCCAAAGAAACGCUAGUGACUUUGUAUAGCUGUAUAAAAAGCAACUAAUUUUGUAAGAAUCUACCUUUUUUCAGUCUAUUGCUGCGCUGAGAAUGCUUAAAACACAAGACAUGCAACACACGUAAAGACACACACAAACAAGUUAGUUUCUUUUUGUAGCUUUCCAGUUUGGGAUUAGUUUUUUUUUUGUAAUGGUUUGACUUGGAAGCAACUCUGUGAAACGUUUUUCCGUCAUUACACAAAUUAAGACAAAAAAAAUAUUAUUUUUUUCAAUUUUUUCCUGUUGUCGUUUUAGAGAUUGAUCUGAUAAUUUCCAAUGAGGACAAACCUUAGUUAGCACUUGGUGGCACGAUUCACAGUUCGUAUUUGUGAAAUUUCUCCCCUCUCCGGAAAAAGGCGCAAGGCACACCAAGUUGUGACGUUCCUGGCGUUCAAAUGAAAUGUCUCCAUGUGUCGAUCCUUUCAGGCGUUGACUCUGUUUUAAUAUUGUUGGCCUACUCUUUAUUAUAAUUAUUAUUAUUAUGAUAUAAAACAAGUGACGAUUUCUUAGUGUUUGCCAUUUCUUGCUUGAGCUUUGGAUGGAAGUGUAGCUUGGGGGGCGCUCUCCUUCGACACGUAUCCCCAGAGUGGUUUCGGUAUGCGUUUUCCAGUUCCGAACGACUAGUUACGACUUCCUUUUUUUGACAUGUUGUAAUUGGAAGCAGCAAGUAUGUUUUGUAUCCAGGAAUAAAGGGAUCCAAAGAUUUUAA